ACACACUGAUAAUUUUGAACAAACUACAUUUCAAACAGGGCCGAUGACCGAGAUUCGAUUCCUCUUUCGUUCAUCCACAUCAUAAGCGGCGAGACAACACGCAAUCUUGCAGCCAUGGAUUUGUUGCCCUCGACGGCCGCAGCUACUUCCAGUGUCGAACUCCCUUCCCUCUCUCUUCUUCUUCCUUUCUUCUUCUCACAGCCUCCUCGGCCAAAAUCGCCGAACAUUUUUCUCAACGGCUACUCACCGUCGGCCAACGACGAUAAAACAACCACCAUAAGAACCAGCAGGAGGAGUUUCACGCUCUUUUCGCUCUUUCCUGCAUCCAUCUCUUUCUCACCAUCGUUGUCCGCCGUUCCGCUUCUCAGUUUAGAGCGAUAUACCGACGAGAUCGAGGGUUUCACUCUCCUCAAGCCUUCCACAUGGGCGAAGAUGGAGAAGGCGGGUGCGGCGGCCCUGUUCGAGGAGGGGAAAGGGAGCAACAGCAUUGGUGUGGUGGUCAACCCUGUUCGGCUCUCAUCUCUCAAGGAAUUUGGGACGCCGGAGUUUGUUGCUGAAAAGCUAAUCCAAGCUGAGAGCCGUAAGGAGAGCACCAAGUAUGCUAAAUUGAUAACAGUUGCUGAAAGGUUAGAUCAUGGAGGCCGACCCCUUUAUGAGUUUGAAUACGCAGUAGACAGCACCAGAGGAGGAAUGAAAAGGAUCUUUUCAGCUGCAUUUGUAGCCUCAAAGAAACUGUAUCUUCUCAACAUUGCCUACUCUGAUCGCCCAGAGAAUCCCUUGGAUACUGACACUCGAAUGAUUUUGAGACAAAUUCUUCAUUCUUUUGGCUCUACUGUAUAAUUAGGACAGUCCUGUUUGGUAGUGAUGAGCAAAAGUUACAGAGGAAGUGACGAAUUUUUGGCUAAACUGGGUUUGAGUCUACAUAUUGUCUUGAAUAUUUACCAUUUACAGUUCUACUCUAAUUCUUUUAAUGCUCCUAAAUUAUCAAAUGAUAGAAAUGCCCUUGUUGUUCAAACUCAAUAAACAUUUAAUGUUAUUUCUUCCUAUCUCUCAU